AUGGCUCUGACGCUUCUGAUGAUCAUCACUUUGGUCGCUUCUUCCGCUCGCGGCACCGUCGUCGCGGCGGAACGCCUGCAGCUGCAGGGCGAGGGAGGCCACCGCGUUUCUGUCUCGGAGUCCAUUCCGACGGUACCCGAAGGGAAGCAUGCAGGGAGCUCCAACUGCACGCAUGAUCCCUACAAGCCCAAGAUCGGGCCUUGCCCUCCUGAGUGA